AUGACCAAAUGGGCUGUUGAGCUCAGUGAAUACGACAUAACAUAUCAACCGAGGAUAGCCAUCAAGUCACAGGUAUUGGCAGAUUUUAUUGCUGACUUUUCUUCUGUUGGACAGGUACAAGCAGAAAAGGAAUUAUUAUGCUUAAACAAGCAAACCAACUCGACAUGGAUGCUAGCAGUAGAUGGAUCAAGCAAUAGUAAGGGCAGUGGCCUAGGAAUCGUCCUUACCUCCCUUCAAGGAGAUGUUAUCCAGCGGGAAAUCAUAUGUGACUUCAAACUUACCAACAAUGAGGCUGAAUACGAGGUGUUGAUCGCUGGGCUAGAUCUAUCCAUUGAGUUGAAUGCCAAAACCAUUGAAGUCAUGUCAGAUUCUCAACUUAUCAUUGUUCAAGACAAGAUUUCAAGAUUCACAAAGUUCACCAUUAACCAAGUGCCGAGAAUAGAGAACAACCACGCCGACGCUCUUGCUAAUCUCAGCUCAUCCAUUCAAAUCAAAGAUGGAGUCACCAUUCCUGUGGUGAUAAUGCAAUGGCCAGCGACAUGGAAACCCAACAAAGAUGUAAUAUGUCUGAAUGAACAAGAGAAUUGGAUGACGCCAAUAAUGCAGUACCUAGAGGAUGGAACCCUACCACAUGACAAGAACGAGUCGAGAAAAUUAAGAGCUAAAGCGGCCAGAUUUACACUAUACAAUGGGAAACUCUAUAGACGAUCAUUCUCAGGGCCAUUACUCAGAUGUCUAUUACCGGCUGAAUCCAAUUACAUUCUCCAAGAGCAACAUCAAGGUGAAUGCGGAAACCACUCAGGCCAUCAGAGUUUAUGCAAUAAAGCUCCAACAAUAGGCUACUAUUGGCCAACCAUGCGAGCAGACUCCUAUAAUUUUGUUCAACAAUGCAACAAGUGCCAAAGGUUUGCUCAAAUAUCUCAUCUACCUCCAGAGAAGCUCCACUCUUCACUUACACCAUGGCCAUUUAUGAGAUGGGGGAUGGACAUUGUAGGCAAGAUGCAAACUGCUCCAGGGCAGAGGGUAUUCAUGCUAGCCUUAACUGACUACUUCACCAAAUGGGUAGAAGCUGAAGCCUUUGCACAAGUUAGAGAUCGAGAGGUAAAAAACUUUAUCUGGAAAAAUACAAUAUGCAGGUUCGGAAUUCCAAAGGAGAUAGUUACGGACAACGGUUCACAGCUCAUAAGCCAAGACUUCCAAAUCUUUUGUGCAGAAUGGAGGAUACAAUUAUCAUUCUCAACACCACAAUACCCUCAAGCAAACGGACAAGCAGAUUCAACCAACAAGACAAUAGUCAACACACUCAAGAAACGUCUAGAGAAAGCCAAAGGGAGAUGGGCAGAUGAAUUACCAGGGGUACUGUGGUCUUACCGGACAACAACAAAGACCUCGACUGGAGAGACCCCAUUUGCAUUGACAUAUGGAACUGAAGCGGUCAUCCCAGCAGAAAUCGAAAUACCAACCAUCAUAUUUGAACACUCGACGGAUGAUCUAAAUCAACAGACCAUGAACACAGAACUUGAUUUGUUAGACAAAAAGAGAGAACAAGCACUUAUCAGAAUAGCUGCAUACCAGCAAAAGGUGGCCCAACAUUUCAAUAAGAACAUUAGGGUCUGA